AUGGGGGCUCCUCGAAAACGUCUUCGUCAAGAGGAGACAGCACUGGUAGAACUGGAUGACGCGCAGCUGGUUGAAGGGCUGCGGCACACCCGCCACGAUUUCUGCGACGUGUCGGUGCGAGGCGCGGAUGAUCCGUCCCGGCCGGUGCAGUGGAUCGCCUGCCACCGGAUAGUUUUGAUGGCUUGCAGUGGCUGGUUCCGCUGUAUGCUGCGCUCGCCCAUGCAGGAGUCCACACAAAAUCACAUCCAGCUAAAAAGUAUUCCCCACGACAUCUUGGGGCAGCUCAUCAACUCCAUGUAUUCUCGUGAGCUGUCCGUAGACGGCAGCAACGCACUCUUUCUCUGGCAGGCGGCGGAUAUGUUGGAGUUAAGCCAAAUUGUGGAGGCAUGCAAAGAUUUUCUGCGGCAGAGUGUCGACAAGACCAACUGGCUGACCAUUCAGCGCGGCGCGAAGCUGCUGCACUGCGCGGAUCUGAUCCAGCAAUGUCAAGCCUUCGCACUAGAGUACUUCACCACGGUGUGCCACUCCGGGGAAUUUUUAGAAAUGGAUGCAGCGGAACUAAGUGAGUUGAUCGGGGCAGACGAACUGAACGUGGAGGACGAAGAGCAAGUGGCCGACGCGGUGCUGCGUUGGUUGGACCAUUCCCCUGACCGCGCAUCGGAGGUGGUCCGACAGCCAGUUGUCUUCACCAUGUCACACGAUAGCGAAGCGGAAGAGUACGAGGGCCGGCUGGACUGCAUUGAUCCGUACACGGGCCGCUACGUCAGUUUCCCGUGCGCCGACCCACCGACGUACUGCAAGCAUCCGGCCGCGUUCGUGUUGGAGAAUGACCGGCUCACCGUUUAUUUCGCGGUACUCUACGGAUGGAGUGGCAACCCACCGGUCGUUCACAAGUACGAUGCACUGCUGGAUCGUUGGAUAGCACUGGGCAAUGGUGACUUUCCUAUCACCGAACUGAUCAUAGUUGUCAUCCACGAUCAGGUGUACGCAGUGGGCGAACAAACGCUGCACUGUUACGAUGCCAUUGAGAAUCAGUGGGUUGCCAAGGCUAUUGUACACGUUCGGCGGGGUUCUGCACGACAAUGA